CGGCAACAUCUGAGCUAGUUUGGAGGAAACGCUUGUCAUAUUUCCUCCCAAUCACUUACCUCAUAAACUUUUUCAUUCAGAAAGUUUGCAACCUUCGCAGCAGCGUGUGGGGCAACGCAGCCACGCGUUCAGCCAAACACGGAGCCUGAGCGGGAGAUAUUUGUGGCGUAAAGAAUUGGACAACUAGGACCAAUGUAAACUGCCGACAUUUCAAGUUCUCUGGAAGCAGGACGGGCUCCUCUCAGGUGCGUGUGUGUCAACAUGGAAGCACAAAACAACAACCAGUCUGCUUUGGACAAUCACAACAAUCUGUUCAAGCUAACUGCUCAGGAGGAUCAGAGAAAUGUAUCAAGCCUUGAGUAUUGCUGCAGUAUGGCAAACCUCCGCAUUGAAAAGAAGAUUGGUCGAGGUCAGUUCAGCGAGGUCUUUAAAGCCACAUACAUGCUGGAUGAACAGCUGGUUGCACUCAAGAAAGUCCAGAUUUUUGACAUUAUGGAUGUGAAGGCUCGUCAGGACUGCAUCAAGGAGAUUGAUCUUCUAAAGCAACUGAAUCACCCUAAUGUAAUCAAGUAUCUGGACUCCUUUAUUCAAGAUAAUGAGCUGAACAUUGUUCUGGAGCUGGCAGAUGCUGGAGAUCUGUCCCAGAUGAUAAAGUACUUCAAGAAAAACCGGCGACUGAUACCAGAAAGGACAAUCUGGAAAUAUUUUGUGCAGCUGUGCAGUGCCCUGGAGCACAUGCAUUCACGCAGAGUUAUGCACCGUGAUAUCAAGCCAGCCAAUGUGUUCAUAACAGCCACAGGGGAGGUAAAGCUGGGGGAUCUUGGAUUAGGACGGUUCUUCAGCUCUAAAACCACAGCAGCACAUUCUUUAGUGGGGACCCCUUACUACAUGUCACCAGAAAGGAUCCAUGAGAAUGGAUAUAAUUUUAAGUCAGAUAUCUGGUCCCUGGGGUGUCUUCUGUAUGAGAUGGCUGCACUGCAGAGUCCAUUUUAUGGGGACAAGAUGAACCUCCUGUCCCUCUGUCAAAAGAUUGAGCAGUGCACCUAUCCUCCUCUCCCACCUGACCAGUAUUCCAAGAAGCUGCGUGACCUGGUCAGCAUGUGCAUCAACUCAGACCCAGUCCAGAGGCCAGACAUUGUCUUCGUGCUGCAGAUAGCCAAACAGAUGCACAUGUGGACGUCCAGCACCUAAGUGCCACUUCGAGCCGACUCUGCCUAGUCUGAGGAACUCAAACCACUGGAUGUUCACUGCAGCUGCUGUUACAGAGAUGUGCCUUAGCUCCCAUUUCUCAAGAAAAACCUAAAAAUAUGUGCACUAAUGCACCAGUUUGUUUUUCUACAAACACUUACAGUCCUUUUGACAGGAUUGGUGCAAAGAGGUACCGUAGUUCUAUAGUGUUCAGCAGGUGAGUGUGAAAACCUCAUGCUUAUGUGGCAGGUGUCUGCAUUCCAACUGAUCCUCUUUGUCUGAUCCUGUAGAGCAGUCAAAUGUUUCUCUGUUGCUCCAGUUAUACCUUACAGUUGUUAUAUCUUCAGUUCUUGAACAAAAUGAUUGGGGCCAAAUGAAGUCUGUCCCAGUGAGUCAGAAUUGAACUCAUAGAAAACUUUGACUGUGAGCCCAGACAGAUCUGAAAUGUUUUUAUUCUUUAGAUAACCACUUAGUUUGGAUUGCUGAUCAAUUAUGAGUGCCAAUUUAGUAGGAUUAGUAAUCCGGGUCGGUAUUUAUCAAACUCAGAAAUACUCUUAAGAAUGAUCUAAAGAAUGGACUUAAGUGUAAAACAAUUCUAGGCUCAAAGCUGUGCUUAAAGGUUAGUUAUCAACUAUCGGAGUCUCACUUUAAAUGAAAUGUUGGACCAAAUCUUAAGCGUCAGUUUCAGAGCUGAUUUAUGACAUGUUGCUGUGCCGCAAAACUGAUCUGGGACGUAUUUAGACAACCCCAGGCAAGGACCAAUCACUGAAUUAGUUUUCUUACUCAAGCAUAUAACCAGAUAACAUUUUGAACAUCUUCAGAUAAGUUCACAUUCAGCACGAUAAAUUUGUAUUUAUUUUUGGUAUGAAGAAUGUCUGAAAUAAUUCAAUAUUUUCAUGUAGUAAAUUAAAGCCAGCUAUUUAUUGUUCCGACCA